CUUUACAUCCCGUCCCCGAAUUACUUAAAUUGAGGCCCUAUACUAUACAUUUGUCUUGUUUCUUUUUAACCUUCAAAAAGCAGAGUCGCUGAGUGUAUCUGUGGAAUCUCUCAUCAUGUGAUUCCUCUGGUUCGUCCAUUUCUGUUCCUCCAUUGAAGUUGAAGUGGUGCCUUCUUUCAUGCACCCUGUUUAGGGUUUUGUUAUCUCCAUUGCAAUCUCUCUCAAUCUCUUUGUUAGGAGGCACUCAAUCACAGGCGAUUUGACUUGAAACUUGGAGCAACUUACUUCGUUACAAGGUCUCUGUGGUCAAAAUUUUGAACCUAUCACUCUUGUUUUAGAUUCUGGUUUCUUUGUUUCGUCACGAUGGACGAUGGGGAGAUUGAUUAUUCAAACCAAGAGAUGUUUUCAAGUCUAAACAUUGAUGAACUCCGAAGCUGUUUCUUUACAGUUAGUGAUUUGGAUGAAUUUAUGAAGGAAACAUGCACUCAUGCCCACACUUGCAACCCACCAGGCCCUGAUUCCUCUCAUACACACACUUGUCAUCACGUGCACACCAAAACUCUGCCUGCCGCAACUCAAGAUAAGGUGGUUUCCACUGAUGAUAUUGUAGAGUCCUCGGAAAAGAAAUCAAAGAAAUGUCCAAUGGGUAAUCGUGAAGCAGUUCGCAAGUACCGCGAGAAGAAGAAGGCUCGCACUGCAUCGUUAGAGGAUGAAGUUGUGGGAUUGAGGGCUAAGAAUCAGCAAUUGGUGAAGACAUUGCAAGAUCGAGAUGCUGAGAUUGGAAGGCUCAAGUGUUUGCUUAUGGACUUCCGAGGGAGGAUUGAUGGGGAGAUUGGAUCUUUUCCUUAUCAAAACCUGGCUACUCCAAACAUGCCCGGUGCUUAUGUGAUAAACCCAUGUAAUCAGGUCUACUGCCUUCAACCAGGGGCGGAAAGAAAAAGAGGGGAAGAUUCAUCAAUGAAUGGUCAAGGCUUCGGCUGUUGUGAAUUUGCAGAUCUGCAGUGUUUGGGGAACCAGAAUGCUGGACCGAAGAAGUUCCCUGGUUGUGGACUAGGGAAUGUAGCUUCUACCGUCAAGUCUUCCGGUGCGAACUAGGAAACACGGAUGCAGAUACAUAUACAGAAUACGGGUGCCUCUAUACAGAUACGUUUGUAAAAAAUAUGUUUCUACUUAUAUUAGUAAAAUAAUAAUCUUUUAAGUAUUGUGAAUUAAUUUAAGCCAUUAGUUGGUUUUUUGGUUAGUUUAUAUCACAAUUGCAAAA